AUGCAUCGAUCCCGGCGGCGUACGCGGCGCGAGCCGUCAGAGGAGCCUGUGCGGCGCACACGGCCACGGCGCACGGCCAGCGUGCGUGUAGAGAGCGAGGAAGAAAUCCAGCAAGACGAUAGCAGCGACGAGUACAGCGAGCAGGAGUCGGUGCCUGUGCCGCGGCGCCGACGACCAACGCGCGCGGCGUCGCCCUCGUCGGGGAGCGAGGCAGGCGCAGACAGCACGCCUGCGCCAGACAGCGACACUGUCGAGGUUGAUGGCCGCGAGUAUGAGAUAAAAGACGACCAACUCGCGCUGCAGCCAGACCCCGAGGGCGACAAGAAAGUCGAUGCGCAGGGCCGCUUGCAAGGCGGGCGCACCUACCGCGUCCCGACAUUCACAAUGCCGUGGAGCAGUGACCAAGAGCGACUGUACAUGCUUGCGAUCGAUGUUGCACGCGCGCUCGGGUUCCGGGACAGCGCCUACUUUUUUCGCAAGCACCCUCUCUUGCACAAAAUCUCGCUCUCCAACGAGGAGCGCGAGCGCCUCGCCACCGAUAGGCUUGCAGGCACGCAGCUGCGUGUGCGCAACGUGACUGUGGUCACUGCACGCAGCGUGUUCCAGCUUGUGGGCGCGCGGAUCGUGUCCCGGGGCCGACUUGUCAUGGACGACUACUACGAGAGCCAAGCGCGGAGUGAAGGGCACCGCGAAGGCGCGCUUGUCAGCAUGCCGUCUAUAGAAGAUAUACUGCGCGCCGAGCGGCGGCGUGAGAGCGAUCGCGAGCGCGAGCGCGGGCGGCGGAAGCCCGACGCGGCAACGUAUACCACGAUCGAUCCGCAAGGCGACGCCGUGGUGACGACGUUUGGCGAUGCGGGCCACGCUCCGUUUGAGCGCGCCGGACAAUGGGCGCAGCGGAGACUUGCGCUGCAGCGUGCGGAUAUCACCGAAGAGAACUGGAUGGCCGCGUAUGCACGCAGCGCCCAAUCGUUCAAUGCAGAGCUCAACGAGGCGCGGCGCGAGCGCCUCGUCGCGUUUCCCUGGUUCGGCACGCGCAGCAUGGCCCAGGCACAUGUGCCGCCCGACGAAGAGGGCGUGGCGAUGCAGGAGGACGACGAGGAGCACUUGCUGCUCGAUGUACGCCCGCCAUGGGAGCGGCCGACAGAAACGCACGAAGCGCGCGUUGCAAAGCAGCGCGCCGCGAAACAGCGGCACCAGCAGCAGCGGCGAGCGCGCCAGCCUGUGCUUGGUGUCUAUGAGCCCCACACGCACAUGCCGCAGCUCGCCAAGGAGACACAGGCGGAGCAUGCGCGCAUGCAGAAAGUAGACGAUACGCCGCACCUCGAUGUGCCGCAUGGCGAGCGUGCUAGACUCGCGACUCUGGACACAUUCUUGGUCAUGCCUGUAGCGCGAUAG